UGGGCGGGGCCCCGCGUCCCCUCACGGCGUCUCCCCGCGGGGACGAGGAGUAAGAGGCACCAGUAACACGUUAAAGAGUAUUUUUACAUGGUACCUUAACUCAGCGUGCUAGCGCAACGGGAUUACAGCUGUAACUCAGCAGGGCGUUUGCUGCCUGCUGCUCACGGUGUUGGUGUGGCUGUGCCCGGUGGGGUGGCCGAGGCGCCGCGUUUGCGGACGGGAUCGGUGACGCCGCGGGAGGGAGGGAGGCGCGGGCGGGUGCCCGGGCGCCCUGGGAUCAGCGCGAGCCCCUCUCCCCUCGGCCGCCGGGAUUGGAUUAGCGUGCGGAUGAGGACUAAGCUCAUUUCCCUCCGGCCCUGCCCGUGGGCGGCCGCCCGGCCCAGCUCCGGGGAUGCUGCAGCAUGGGGGACGGCGGCCUUGAGAGGAGCUGCGGGAAGCCCUCCCUCGAGCUGCUGGAGGCGGGGGGCAUCGGCCUGCACGCCCUCUUCCUGCUGCUCAUGUCCCGCCGGCCGCAGGCCCCGGGCUCCGUCCUGCCGCCCCUGCGGGUGCCGGGAGCCUCACCGAGCCGGGGGGCCGCCCGCGGGGGGCUGGAGCAGCCGCCCGAGCAGGGCAGCAGCUCCCUGGGGAACCUGGCGCGGUCGCUGCAGAAGGCGGAGGCGGCGCUGCGGGGCUGCGUGAGCCCCGGGCUGCGGCGCCUGCUGCCGCCGCGCCCCAACGAGCGCCCCGGCGAGCGCCCCGACGGCAGCGACGACGAGGACCUGGCGCGGGUGGAGCGGAGCUUCCCGGGGCUGCUCCGGGGCGUCUGCGUCUGGGAGAAUCCCCGCACCGAGACCUUCCAGGGCCGCGUGCGGCCCCCGCCCGGCGAGGCGGCACCCGCGCCCUUCUCCUACCACCCCGUGCACCCGCGCGUGGCCCGGCGCUGCGCCGCCCUGCACGCCCUGCUGCGGCACCGCCACCACCUCCGCCUCGCCCGCGACUACUGCCGCCGCCUCCAGGCCGCCUCCGACUUCGUCCGCCGGCUGCUGCUGGUCGCGGAGGAGCCGGGCGGGGAGCCGGGGGCGGCGCGGGCGCUGCGGGCGCUCUGCGAGGAGCUGCGGGUGCACGCCGGCCACUGGAGCGCCCUGCAGCGACGGCUGCGCGGCGACGCGUGGCUGCGGCCGCUGCUGCUGCGGGGGCACGAGGCGGUGCCGCGCAUGCGGCGGGCGCUGGGGCUGCUGGCGCUGCAGGCCGCGCGCCUGGUGGAGGGCCGCGCCGAGGCCUCGCUGCGGGGCCUGGCCCGCGCCCCGGCCCCCCCGGCGCUUCUCGCCGACCUCUUCCGAGGCCUGGAGAUCUACAACGGCGUGGUGGCCGAGCUGGCCCCGGAGCUGGGCCCCGGCGCAGGGAACGCGGGGGCUGCCGGUGCCCCCCGGGCCUUCCCCGUGGGGCGGGUGCUGGCGAUCCUGGCUGCCGAGCGGGGCUGCCUGGCCGCCGAGCGGCUCCACCGGCUCCUGCAGCGCCAGGACGGGGCCGACGGGCCCGAGCACGUCCGUUGGGAAGAUGCCGCGGUGCCUUGGCCUCCGGAGCGGCGCUCCGCCGACGCGGGACCCGCGGGGCGGGGGGAGCCGGCGGGGCUCCCCGCGGAGCUGCAGGCGCUGUGCCGGGAGGACGCGGCGCUCAUGAGCCUCGUCCUGGGGGUGCUGGUGGCCUCCACCGACAGCCUCUGCCACCACGUGCUGCACCGGCCCCCGCCGGAGACGGUGACAACGGCGGAGCGCCCCGAGGCCCCGGUGCUGCCGGUCUCCGGCCCUGGCGGUGCCCCGCGGCCCGGCUCUGCCGGCUGGAAGGCGGCGCGGUGGCUGGACACGUGCGACGCGGAGGCGGCCGAGGCCCUGCGCACCCAGUACUCCCCGCUGUACUGGGGGGCGGCGGGCGCCGCGCUGGGCCAUCGCCUGGAGGGGCCGCGGGCCGGGCGGCUGCCGUGUGGGGCCGGCACGGCCCUGGCGCUGGCGCGGGAGCUGGGCCAGGCGCUGGCACAGGCCCCGCUGCCGCCGGCGUGCGAGGAGGAGCUGCGGCGGCUCUGCCUGCGCCUGCUCUGCUGGGCCGGCUGCCUGAGCUGGGACCCAGGCUUCGCCCGGGCCCUGGGCUCGGGGCUCUCGGACAAGUGCUGCGCGGAGCCGGGGCGGGCGGGAGGCGCGGCGCAGAGCCGGACGGCGCGGCAGCUGCAGCAGCUCUUCCCCGCGCUGGCCUUCGCCCUGCGGUGCCUGGAGCCGCGCGCCGGCGCGCCGGCGGGCGGCCCCCCCGGCCCCCCCGGGCUGCGCCUGCAGCUGCUGGGCUGCUGCCUGGCCACGGCGCAGGCCGCCGGCUCCUGGCUCAGGGGCAAAGCCCACCAGUACCUGGCGUCCUGGUCCCUGCGGCCCUUCCUGCUCGUCACCCAGGGAGACCUGCAGCUGCUGAAGGCCGAGACGGACAGGCUGGCGGUGCUGGUGGACGCGGCCUUCCCCGAGGCGGAGGACGGCACCGAGCCGCUGCCCUCGGCCCUGCUCUGCCACCAGGAGCGGUGGCUCUGCCAGCAGAUCCGCGCGGCGGCUGCCGGCAUCCAGCUCUUCUCGGAGGACGUGCUGAGGAGCUUCUCCAGCAGCUGCAAGCGGAUGUCGGCGGAGAUCUUCGACCAGACCAUGCCGCUGGGCAAGCACUGGCGGCUCGGCCUCCGCCCCGAGCUGCCCAGCUGCCCCAGCGAGUACGCGGCCGCCGCGGCGCAGACGGUGCUGGGCCAGGUGCUGCAGGGCGCCCAGCUGCUGCCGCGCGACGCCCAGGCGCCCACGCUGGCCCGCGUCACCACGGCCUUCGCGGAGGCCUGGAUGGACCACAUCCUCGCCCGGAAGAUCAAGUUCAGCCUGCAGGGCGCCCUGCAGCUGAGGCAGGACUUCGGGCUGCUGCGGGAGCUGGUGCAGUCGGAGCGCUACGGCCUGGCGCCCGAGAGCCGGCGGGCGCUGCUCUCCCUGCGCGUCUUCCAGCAGAUGGACGGCGCCAUCCUCUGCCUGCUGCAGCAGCCCCGCGGCAGCUCCUGCCUGUCCCGCCCCGGCUGGCAGGCGCUGCGCCGCUGCUGCUCGACCGACGGCGUCCGCGCGCCAGAGCCGGAGCCGGGCCCCGGCGGCCUGCACAGCCUGGAGAGCCUGGAGGCAGCGGCGGCGGCGGGGGGGACGGCGGCGGAGCGGCCCGGGGGGCACCGGGGGGGCGUCCCCGAGCCCUACCUGAGCGGCAGCCAGCAGCAGUGGCUGGCGCUGCGCCUGCACGGCCCGCGGCGCUGGCGUGUGCCCGGGCUGCCCUGCGCGGCCCGCGGCCCCCAGCCCUGAGCCCCCCCGGGGCGGUGGCAAUAAAGCGGCUGCAGCA